AAAUAGUGCUCGACUCCUAGUCCCCGUGAUUGCGGUGCCUCCGAGCUUCCGUUGCAGUCUUUCGUUAAAUCUUUCUUUUAUUCUAGUCUUUUUAUUUGCGCGGGAUUUCCAGAGCCUGCAAGCUUGCAAGUCUGCAGAGUUUCAGUGGUGAGAUAGACCUCGCUAGACCUCGUUAGUAACACAUCCACCAUUGUAUGUCCCACGAGCAAUCCUCACGCCGCUGAGCCGCAGAGUGACUGGAUUGGGUGUGGCUAGAACGAGUGCUCCUGCUGUCCCGAGUACCUGAACAAGAUGGCCGACAAAGCUGCUGUUGAAGAAGUCCCCGUGGGAACGAGCGCGAAACCCAGCUUCGGCGCUCGCGUCAAGGCCCAUUUCAAGAAAUGGUGGUGGGCGCACCUCAUCGCUUUUAUUGUGGUGGUCUUGGUCGUUGUGCUUCCAGUCGUCUAUGUCGGCUACCCGAACAUCGCCCAGCACGAUAUCGAUGACUCGACGCUUACCGUCGAGUCCAUGCAAAUCAGCGAUCCUUCCCCCGAUGGGUUCCAUCUUACCCAGAGACAGGUUAUUGGCAGCGACAGCAUGUUCCACCCCAAGAUCUUCGAGUUCGAUGCCGACGUCAGUCUUCUCGGCUCGCCCGUGUUUGCAACGGUCAAGGUCCCUCAAGUCAAGGCCGAUGACGGCGCCGUGGUGAAUGUUGACCAGUGGCUGGACUUGACUGAUGCGGGGGCUUUUGGGGAUUUCGCGACGGCGGUCAUGAUGAGUGAGGAGUUCCACUUGAACGUUUAUGGCGAGCCUCGCUUGAAGCAGGGAGGCCUGCCGACAAUUGACGUCGACUACAAUAAGACGGUCACUAUGAAGGGGCUCAACAAGCUCGACGGCUUCGACAUCAAGUCUCUCGAAAUGGUCGACGACCGUAACGACGGCAACAACGCCGUCGGCUCCGUCUACAUUCCCAACCCCUCCGUGUUGCAGUUGGACAUGGGCAACCUGACUUUGGACGUCUCGCUUCAGAACGGAACCUCUCUUGGCCAAUCAUUCCUGAACGACCUGGUGCUCAAGCCCGGCGACAACACUGUCGAGAUGCUCGGCAACAUGGACCAGGAUCUUCUGUUCUCCAUGGUCCUAGCUGGCGAGAGAGUCAUUCCUCUACGCAUCGUCGGCAACUCGAGCGUGUACAAUGGACAGGAAAUCCCGUAUUUCACCAAAGCAUUAGCGGCCAAUGUGCUCACCAUCGACCUCAACCUUACGGCAACGCUCGCGUAAUAGCUAGAUACAGUGCUGCCAAACACUGACUCAACAUGCGCGGGUGUUAUCUGAUGGGUGGCUUUCAUGAUAUCCGUUUUCCCUUCUUUGUCCGUUGUGGCUUGUUGUAAUAAUGUUCCGAUAUGACCGGAUGACGGUUGAUACCACUAUGUAUGAGAUUGCGAUUCCCGGGAGGGCUUUAUUCAAUUCUGUGACUACUUCUUUCUAUCACCACUGUUGCUGUGACUACUGAAUAAAAAUAAUACAAUGCCCGGCGCCGUUUAUCUCC